UACAAGAACAUUAGUUUUACUGUGUGGGACGUUGGUGGCCAAGACAAAAUCCGACCUUUGUGGAGACAUUACUUCCAAAACACCCAAGGCCUUAUAUUUGUUGUGGAUAGCAAUGAUAGGGAGCGAAUAGUCGAAGCCAAAGAAGAACUUACCCGGAUGUUAAAUGAAGAUGAGUUAAGAGAUGCUGUGGUGUUGGUCUAUGCAAAUAAACAGGACCUUCCAAACGCUAUGAGUACGUCAGAUGUGACAGAAAAAAUGGGGCUUCACUCGUUGCGGAAUAGAUGUUGGUAUAUGCAGGCAACUUGUGCUACUACUGGCGAUGGCUUGUAUGAAGGGUUAGAUUGGCUCUCUAAUCAAUUAAAACAAGCUCGUAACUUGUCUUUUCCAUAUUUUUCUAUAUUAAAUAGUGCUAACAUGGGUAACGCAACCCAAAAGCUGUUUAGCAGUCUUCUUGGCAAGCAAGAAAUGCGAAUCAUGAUGGUGGGACUUGACGCUGCUGGAAAAACGACAAUUCUGUACAAAUUAAAGCUCGGAGAAAUUAUCACCACCAUUCCUACUAUUGGUUUUAAUGUUAAGACAGUGGAAUACAAGAACAUCAGUUUUACUGUGUGGGACGUUGGUGGCCAAGACAAAAACCGACCAUUGUGGAGACAUUACAUUCAAAACAUUCAAGGCCUUAUAUUUGUUGUGGAUAGCAAUGACAGGGAACGUAUAGCAGAAGCAAAGGAAGAGCUUUAUCGAUUAAUAAGUGAAGAUGAGUUAAGAGAAGCUUCGGUUUUGGUCUAUGCAAAUAAACAGGACCUCCCAAAUGCUAUGACUGUGGCAGCUGUGACAGAUAAAAUUGGGCUGCAUUCGUUGCGCAAUAGAGAAUGGUAUAUCCAGGCAACUUGUGCUACUACUGGAGAUGGCUUGUAUGAAGGGUUAGACUGGCUCGUCUGUAAUCAAAUAAAAAAGGCUCGUAACUGAUGUGACUUAUAGCCUCCAUUACACUACUCCUAAUGCCCUAAUAUAGGCUUAUAGUAGCAUUUAAUCCCUAUAUUUGUAUAAUUAUUAACCAGUAAUAAAUAAAUUGAGUACUGAAUGUGUUAAGUGGUAAGUAUAUUUCAUUUUUGGACAACUUUGGUCUAAAUGUUAAGUCCCAUGGCGUGUUAGCAGUAGGACCUCACCCGCAUUGAAUAAAUGUAUGUUUCAGUUGUUCUUUUUAUUGCAUUUAGUUGAUCUAUAAUUCUAUAACAUAUAGUGGGGUGGGGGAAGGUGGGACACCUUUUCAUUCCAUUUUCUUGUCCAAUUUAAUAGUAAACAAAGAAUUAUAAAACUUUAUUCUUAUUACUUCCAUAGAUCGUUGUUAGUUGCUUAAAACACGAUCACAAAUUAUAUGCUAAAAGUGUCCUGUGUCCCCCCCGCCCUACUAUAUCUUUUUCAUCUCUUCGGUCACAGUUAAGUUUCAUAUUUUAAAAUAAUCCCAUUAAAAACGUUACUGUUUUUGUAUUCACAAUCACUAACAAUAUUCUUUAACUAAACAAUACAAAUACUAAACGGAAAUUGAUUAAACAGGAUACAAUU